AUGAGGCUCCAACCCAUUAUGGCAAAAAUAUAUCACUUCUUUAAAAACAAAUUGAAGUCUGUAUUAGAUGAAAAUGCAUUUUUCCCAUUGUGGGACUUUCUAGACUACUGGAUUUUUAACAAUGCUUGGAUACCAAUUCUAUUUACAAUUUUUCUAGGAGUUGUUUUUGAGUUAAUCCUUAUAAGAACUUGUGAAUUCAUUAAGAAGAAGCUUGAGCUAUGGGAAAAUUGUAGUUUGGGUUCUCAGAAGCAGAAUGAAGAUGGUUUCCCAAAAGGCCUGACAUUUGAGAGCUGGUCAAUUACCCACACGUCUACAGAAGAAAGAGUUAAAACCUUGUCAGGAAGAAUAACAACCACUCAGUCAUCCAAUGACUUUGCAUUUCAAGGAAGCCAUUUUUGUGAAAGUCACUCAUCAUCGGGUGGGACCAGGGCAUCUUUGUCAAUGUUUCACAGGAAAAUAAAGAAAUUUUUCAUAAGCCACAGAAUAGAAUUGGAAAGAGAAUAUCAAGCAGUACAAUUUUCCUCCAAAAAUUUAUUUUCAAUAAUGAAAACAAACAGUACAAAAACCAAACCUCCUGAUGAUCUUAGUUUUGAAAACUCUUUUAAAUUUACAAGAGAUAAGGAUCUCGAUGUGACACCAUGCCCUUCUGUGCAUUUACUUCUUUCUAGCAACCAAAUUAAACAUCUGGAAGAAAAUAUAAGAAGAAAAACUCCUGUGAACCCCAGAGCUAUGCUAGUAAGGAAAGGUGAUUAUCUGCACCACAGAUCUCAGGAGCCAUUGAUUCAUAAUCAACAUCCUAAAGAAAUGGUUACUCCUGCUGAAGCACAAGAUACUUUCCUGAACCAAAAUGUUAUUCAGAAUGAAAUGAAUCCUGAACCACAGUUUACUAGCCACAUCCAACAAUUUAUUCAAUCCACAAAGAGUCAGCUUGGAUUUGCUCAGUCUCUAGAUUUUAUGAGAGUGUCAUUUUCUAACAGUACACAAGACUCCUUCCAGACCCAAGAUAUACAUCAUAAAGAAAAGAGCCAACAUUUCAUUCACAUGCCAUGUAUUGUUGAAACACAAGACUUAACCAAGGACAUCGAGUCUGAUGGACAUUUCAGUGAUACCCAAUAUUCCCUUUAUUUUAACGACCCAAACAAGAAUAAAUAUUUAGUCAAAGGGCAAAACAGUGUUUUCCAGAGUGCUGACUUUCUAUCUUUAAGUAAAAAUUCAAUGGCUCUUUCACCUACCAUUAAAAGGCAGAGAAAUAGAAAGAUACCAGACAAUGAAAGAAAACUAAGUCUUAAGGUUCCAUCUCUAAAAGCAAAGAAAAUAUCAUAUUCACAGGUAUUUCCAAUCAUAGUAUGUCACACUUUAGAAAAUAAGAUUGAAUUAAGAUGCAAGAAAAAGAAAAUUAUACAUCAAAGGAAAAUAAUGUCAGAUAUAGCUUUGCAUCUUAUUUCUGUAUCUAAGCUUAUCACUCCCCAUGUUAAGAAGUAUUUCUUAAGCCAUCUACUGAAGGUAACUCCAGACUUAAUAAAAUAUGAACAUUUUCUACAGAAGCAAAAUAGGUCAGAUGCAAAGAAAAUCAACUAUUCAAGUUCUACUAAUAGAGUAAGCUUGGGUAUUAUUGAAAACUUAGAACACUCAUUCAUGGUCAACACUGAUGAACUAGAAGCUCCUUGUUCAUUACCUGAAACAAAUGGAGAGAUUAAGGAGUCUGGUGAGGACUCAGGUCAGCAGACAUUUGACCUGAACCUUCCAAAGCAUGAGGGGCUUUCAGAAUCUUUGCAGAAAGAGGUUUCAUUUCCCAAAAUAGAAUUGAACAGAAGAAUGAAAGUACAGAAGGGAAUACAGCAUAUAGAGAAUGUAGAUGAGCUAAAAGACAGAACAGCAAACACACAAAGGUGCUUUUCAAAAGAAAAAAUGCAGAAAGCCAAAAAUUCAAUAGAAAUCCUUUUCAACUUUUCAGAUAUCAAUUUACUUAUUUCUCUGGUAUCCCCAAAGUAUGAGAAAAAUGAGCUAAAAGACAUAAAUGUUCAAGUGGUUACAGGAAGCACAAAUCUACAGGAACACAAACCAUUAAUGACCAAUAUUACAGGAUAUGGUAAACCAAGUGACAAUGAAAAUCUGGAAUGUGACACUAGAAGCAAUGAAAAAAAUAGACAUCAACAUGAAAAGAUUUCAGAUACCUCUCAAAAGACCAUGCAGGCUACCAUUUUGGAACCCUUUGAUAUGGAACUAUGUAGCAGAUUAGAAUCCAAGGCAGACACAACAAUAAUAAAUUGUAGUCACUCUGCACUAAAGCAAGAGAAACUACUAGGUGAAAAGGAAACAAAGGAAGUAAAGCAUACUGAUAACUCCAUAGGUAGAAAGCCACAAGAGUGUGACAGAAAGAAGGAAAAAAGAGAAACAGCUCCACUGCUGGCAGAAGAUUUUAGAGCAAUUAUAUGUGUGAAGCAAAAGAAAAAAAGUGUUCAAUUUGAAAUGAGACAGAUCCAUUUGGAAAAUAGAAAAAUUCAAAGCAAAGAAAAAGAAGUACAGUCACAGACUAUUUCUACACAGAAGGUAUGGAAAACUAGAUCAUGUCCUCUGAUAGGUCCACUGCAGGAUAAGAAAUUAAAGCAAAGUACAGACAAACCUACAGACAGAGAAGAGAUUGCCGGUCCCAUAUACCCACCUUCACUGCAAGAGAACUUGCCCAUUGGUGAGUAUUUAAUUAAAACGACAGUAUGUGGGGUCCCAUUUAAUGGAAAGCCCACAAAGACAUUGGGUGGUCACAGUACAGAAGACAGAGAAGACAGAGAAGACUUGAAAAAGGACUUAUGUGCAGUUGCCACAAGACCUUUCAAAAUCAAGAAAAAAACACCAGGAACAAAAAAUCCACUGGAGGAGAUUAAAAUGGAGAAAGAAAUGCUUCAAGCAGAACCUUUCAGAGAAGCAGUUAAAGAGGUAGUUGACUCACUGAGACUGGAUUCGUUUUCGGGUGCAAAUGUGAAGAACAGCACCUCUACAGAAACAGAGCUCCAAGGUUCUGUAGGGUUAGAGUUGUGUCCUCCAACAUUAGAAAACAUAACAGUGGGAGACUUUCUGAGCCAAUCAGGAAAGAGUAAUGUUCUAAAUACUAGGAAAGAUACAAGGGAAACUCAUUGUGGUUUUCCCCAGAAACCUUUCUUGUGGUCUUUACAUUACUGCAUGCCUGUUUUGACUUAUUCUAAAAAAAAGAAAGGCAAAACAAAAUUCACAAAUAUAAGAACAGUGAAGCUCAAUAUGAAUAAGGUGAAACCACCAGCUUCAAAAACAUUCAGUAUCACAGGCAAUAAAAAGAAGACAAAAUUGGCCAUCAAGGCCAAAUUUAAAAAGAUAAAUCAAGCUAAAGCAUUUUUAUCUGAAGGUCAAAACACUGUUUGCUUAUCUAUCCAAAGCAGAUUGCAGGGGGUAUUCUGUCACGCUCAACUAAAGCAAAGAGAACUAGCAAAGAAAACAUGUGUUGAUUAUGUUGCUGAAAGUAAUGCUUUCUAUGAUAGAGAGAAAAACCUUCAAGAAGAGAAACAAAUCCCUUUGGUACAGGUAGCACUUCAGCAUGGCCAAUGCCUGUGGGCUGAUGCAGAUCAAAGCAAGGAAGCUAUCUGCAAUGAGCCAGAUCCAUCGCCUGUUUCUUUACAUCAAGAACAACCUGUUAACAGUCAGAGUGUAAAGGCAAAAAAAGAUUCUCUGCCAAGCACUUUGGAGGCCAGCCUACAAAUGGAUCCCAUAGUAUCUAAAGGAUUACAGAAAGCUAGCAAAACAGAAAAUGGUAUAAACUUCUCUGUGGUUCCUAAAAUUUUAUCUCCUGAAACAGGAAACUCUUCACCUGGUGAAUUUAUAAAUGUGACAGAUGAUGAAAACUCUGAAAAAGAACUAGAUUCAUAUCCUGUAGAAAAAGACUCAGAGACAUCAACAAAUCUGCAGGUGACAUUCCUGCAGUCUUCUGAUUCUGUUACAAAAUCCUUUGUUUCUAGACUGAAAAGGAAAAAAACAGCACCAAGUUCAAAGAAGCAGAUACCAGUGAGUCAGAGACAAAGAGCAAUGAGGAAAAUACCAUCACAGACAGUUAACUUCAGGUACAGCAAAAACAUAAGAUGCAACAAAGAAGUGAAAGAUUCACAGCAAAAGGGUAACAUAGCUGGUAUCUGUCUCAGUGUCAUUCACUCCAAGGUACUUAUUUUGCCUAAAAAACACAUUAGAAAUUCAAAACCAUGGACAGAUAAACAGAGAAUAAGAAGACUUGGUUAUAUGCAACUAAUGCAAGAGAAUUCAUCAAAUGGAAGAAAUAUGAACUGUCCAGGUUCUGCUGAUGCAAGUAGUUUCUUUAGAAUGAAGAAGUAUAAAGAGGAAAGAAAAGAGAAACCAGAAAAUAGCCCUGGCCAUAUAUUUGAUAUGUAUCAAGAAAAAGACCAUAACCUUGUUAGUUCGGACAAACAACUGAACCCACUAGGGAGAACAACCACUCAGGUAAAACCACAAACACCUACAGAAACGAUUUCAUGUUCCACAACAGGUCCUCUCCUAGGUGAAUUUCAAUCAGAAAUUCUAGAGGGCUGUUUCAGCAUGUUCCCUCUGAAGUUUGGGGAAGUCAAAGACAAUGCAUUAUCUGGAAGAAAAUGUGAUCUAUCUAAUGAAAGACGACACAAGAAACAGGCUGAAGACAGUGAAAAGGAAGAAAAGGAACUAUUAGUCUCAUACUCUAAUCCAAAUCAUUGUGGGGAAAUUAAAUGUGACUUGAUCAAAAUGAAAGGCAUGAAUCAGGAGAAAAAAGUUGCAAAUGAAACUUUCUCUUUGUCAAAUGUUGCACUGGAUGUUAAGAUGAACUACAAAAUAGCAACAGGAAAACACUCACCAAAGGAAAAAACACCCCAUUCUACACAAAUGAAGCCAGAGAUAGUGUACCAUGAAGAGAUGGCUGCUUCAGAUGCCUUCAAAGAAAUUUAUAUUCAGGAUAAAGAAGAAAAGGAGAAUAAUGGUAAUGACACACUAUUAAAGUCACCCCCACAGAAUAGCCAGCAUUUUAUAUUUUGUCCACAUCAAAGCAGGGAUCCAACAUCUCAAAAAUUAGGAAAACAAGGAAGGAGGAACGUUCUGUUCAUUGAGGAACAAGAUCUGACACAGCAGAAUCAGUCAGCAAAUACAACUCAAAGAGACUAUGACAUGUAUACAUCAGGUUCAAAGCUUGUUCCCUUAAAAUCACAAGAACCACAAAUAGAUAAAACUAAGACUAACAGAACAAUAUAUGACAGCCCAGCUGAUGAUAUUCAUGCACAGGAAGUGAAUAGUUGGAAUAGAUUGGAAAAAGAAAGGCUCAAAAAUGAUCUACAAGUAACCAUCCCAGAGUCUUUGACUAUCUCAAUCCCCAAUGUACCAAGAUCUAAAAGGCAGAGCAGGGUGUCUGUAAGCAAAGCUUUACAAGGUAAAAUGUGUUCAACUUGUGUAACUAUGAAAGGAAGAAAAACUUCUGUUUCAAAUGUAUUGACUAUUCCACAAGGUAGUCAUAGAAAAAACCUACUUCUGAAAACCUUGAAAUCACAGGUUUCUGAAUUAUUAAUAAAUUCUUGUGUCUUACCUGAUAAUCUUAAUGUAAUCAAAUUGAAAGACCCAACAGCAGAGAAAAAUAAAAGAUUGUUAACCCAGGAAUUGGAAGCACCAAUGACUUUGGCUUUCUCCACAUCUAUAUCUAAAGAGAGAGAGAAUUUAAAACUCAUGGAAAAUGGGGGUGAAAUGAGUACUAACUAUCUUACUGUUAAAGCAAAUAAGUCAGCAAUCUGUCAGACACUUAUUACCUUGGGUGUUGGAACACCAAAGCAAAGUAAAACCUUGUCAGGUUCGUCCUUAAAUGCCACCUUCUUUUCUCAUAUGCCCGUGUCUCUUGAUGUUAACACAAGUAAUGGAAUAAAAGAUAAAGAUACAAUGUGCACAAUGGGAUUUAGUAGUGAGCUUUAUGGCCAGUCAGUACAUGAAGAAAGAGCUUGCAGUACACACUACGCCAACAAGGACACUAUGUCAAAUGGCACCAAACACUUAAAAGGUCAAGGUGAUGAAGAGGACUCAUUGACUUCCCAAGAUUUCAGUUUUAGUUCCCAGAACAAAGCAAGGCCUAAUUCUGUGCAAUCUGUUUUACAACUGACUAAUUCAGCAACAUGUCCAGAAUUAGAGAGAGCUCUAUAUGAGCAAGCACAGCUAGUCAAUAUGAAUAACCUUCAAAGCAGCAUGGUAGGUGUAAUGUCUCCACUUCUAAAUACAGAGGAAUCUCAGACUGGCCACAUACCAUAUAACAAUACCUGGGAUGGAAAUUCCAGGAGAAAAUGUGACUAUUAUGUUUCUGGACAAAAAGCAUGGACUAAAAAGGACUUUACAGCUCUGGAACCUUUACAAGAACCCAGCCCUAUGUCAUCUGAAUACAAAUGUGAUAGCUGCACAUUAGAGUUUCUAAGCAAAAGAGAUGUGAGUCCCAGGGCAAGACAAGCUUCAAAGUUGCUUAAAAUUUCAAGACAUUACACAGGAGUGCACAGGAAGAAAAGGCACUAUAAUCAUAAACACCAGUUGAGAAAGGUGGGAUGUGUGAAAGAGGAACCACUUCAUGCUGCUGGAGAUACUGUGAAUUGUCCACUCAAGUUCAUGGUUGAUGAACCAUCACUUGAUAGAGCAGCAAGGGCUGAUUUGUAUAGCAGAAUGCCUCAAAAAUCUUUGGCAGAGGGAAAGGCAGAGUUACAAGCAAACUUAGCCACAACUUUCAUGGGACCUUACAAUUUUUUCAUACCCUUUUUGUUAGACUUUAAAAGGCAAAUAAACAAAGUAAAAUUGUCAGAAAAUGGAAUUAUGUUGAAUCAGAAAAAGAAGCCACCAAUUUCAAAGAUAAUUAAAACAAAUGGAUACUUUAUUACAAACCAUAAGAAAUUUAAAUUAAGAGAAAAAAUGAAAGCCAUAUGGCUCAGUGAAAAAAAUGAUAUACUUCAAAGCACUAUUCAUUUCAUAUCAACUACCUCUAAUGGGAAAAACAAAUUCAAAUCAGAGGUAGAUUUGGGAAUAUCAAAGUUUACCCAAACACAGCCAACACAUGAGGCGUCACCAGGUGAAGGUAUAGCAGAGUUGACAAAGAUGGCUGACAAAGGUGGUUCAAACAUGCAAGUAAGCCUGGGAAAUGCAUUCUCAAAUGUGGAGAAAUCACACAAUUGUUUAGAAAUCAGUGAGCCAGCCAAUAAUACUACUAAACAUGGUGAAAAGGAAACUGGUCAGUCAUCAGUUAUAAAAGAAAAGUGUCCAUUUUAUUUGCCAGCAAUAGUCACUUCCAUUGCCAGGCAUUUAGUUGCUUCCACAGAAGUACCUCACCUGUCAGCUCAGAAAGGUAUACCUUCACAGCUACUGAAGUCAACAAAGUCACAGUCACCUCAUGGUGGAGGCCAGGCUACUGUAAACAUAACUGAGACACAGGACUUUAGAACCCGAGAGAUAAAAGAUAAUGAUGAGGUAAAUACAGAUAUAAAAUCCAUGUACACGUGUACACCAACUCAAGGAAAUUGUCUUUUGCAAAAGGACAAAGAAAAAGUGAAAAGGAGUGUCCAGCCAUUUGGAACAAAUCAAAAGAGACAACUUGAUCCUUUGAAUCUGAAAGUAUUUUCAGCUAACACAGUGCACCACAAGGACAUCAUGCUUCAGAAAACAGCUAUUUAUUUAAUAGAUCAAGAAGGAAAUACAAAAGUUGGAGAAGACUUUAGUCAAGAGGUUGUUCUUUCUUCUAAUGUACAUACUCUUCAAACUGAAAGGCAGAACAACGAAUUUAAAACAGGUUGGAAAACAAAGUUCAAGUCUUUUGCCCUGGCAAAGAAACAGGAAAAGCCUGCUAUCUCAAGACCAUUAUGGAGUUCUUAUGCCAGUGACCCUACCUAUCCUGAAACUGUAAGACAGAAAGAUAAGGCAAAAAUAUCAAAUGUGAAAAGUGCUAUGUGUACCAAACAAAUAAAGCUGAAGGCAAAGAAAAUACCAGUUUCUCUACUUCUUGGACAUGGGGACAGAAGCAAUGAGAGAAAACUGAGACACAGUCUGCAGCACCAGAACAAAUUGGAGCUGAGAAGAAAUGUACAAAACCUAGUGAUAGAAGCUAAUUUUGAUUUAGGGUGCUUUACAUCCCCAGUUCAAAAGCUUACCAGAGUAAAACUGGAGAGAGACAAGAUGAAAGAGAAAGAAAACACUCUUCCCCAGACAUUUCUGGAGAACCCAUCUAGCCCAAAGCAAGCUGCAUGGUCAGGAUGCAAUGGUGUACCUAGAGAGCUAGAAGAAAAUGUUAAAGGAGCCCAUGACCACCGCACUCUCAAGGACCUUCACCAGCAAUGUAUGCAACAAUUUCGGGUUAAGUCAAAACACACUUGUAAGCUAGAAGAUUUACAAAGAAAGAUGUACUCUGAGUUAACAUCCCAGAAAGAGGAAACUGAUGACCUUGGGCUAGAUACCUCAAGAACUAAAGGAGGAACAAAUGUCUACCAUGACCCACAAGACAUCAAACCAUUAGGUCGACCGAAGAUAAAGGGACUGCAAGUAAUAGAUAAGCCAUUAGAUUCAAAGGAAUCAUUGGUUAUUCCUGGGCUUACGGUACAGCAACAAAGUCUUUUCACAGAUUCUCUCCUGGGGUCUAUUUCCUCUCCUGCAACACAUCAGUCCCAUACUGAAGAUCCAAAAGAAGACAUGAAAACAUGUGGGAAAAACGUGAAGAAUUCAACUCAACAGCUGAAGAAACUCUCAAAUAAAGAAUAUAUUUCAGAAAUAGGUUACAUGCCAGAAAGUAUUGAAAAACUACUCUUGCUUAUUAAAGAACAGGAAAAGAGAAGGAAAAAAAGUGGAGGGGGUAAAAAAAUUGAAAUAACAGAAGACAUAAAAAUGAGAGCACAAUUUAGCAACACAAUAAAGAAGAAUGGUAUGUUCAGGCAAAGAUAUGGGACAGAGCCAAAAAGUAUGGCCACAUUGUGGAGACAGCAAAAGGGUGUACAAGAGAUCAGUCUAGACUAUGUUUAUACAUAUAAGCUUAUAAACAAAAGAACAUCUUUCAUACAAAGUGUCCUGUAUCACAAAAAAAUGAAAAUGAAGGUGAGGAAGACAACUUCUGGAAGGUUGCUUAACAUUACUGCGUAUAUAACCCAUAGCUACAGAAAGGAGCUAAGACAUAGCAUUAAGACACAGAAGGAGCUGCUCCAAGGGAAAACUGUGGAAUAUUUACUUUGGAAGGGUUUUUGUGCUUCUGGCUAUAUUGCAUCUAAAGUAAAAAACCUUAUGGAAGUAAACAAGAAGAAAGACACACCACAAAGACCAUAUAUUCCUCCACAGAUAAAUAUGAAGAAAAUGAAUGAAACUAAAAUGUUGUCUGUGUCGCCUCUUGAUGAUUCAAUAUCAAGCACUAUCAGAAAAUCAACACAACAUACUAUAAAGCAAAAAGAACAUCAAAUUGUUUUACUAGAUAUUAUCUCACAAAAUAAAGAUCAGUUAAUGACUGGCCAGCGGGUGGAGGAUAUGAGAUAUAUCAAUGUCCAUGGCCAUUUGGAAAAAGAAGCAUACCGUAUCAUGUUUCCAGACACUGGAGAAACUGAUUACAGUAGGAUUGAGGCCCAAAGGCACAGAGCAGGUACAGAAUUUGAAUUCUUCACUGCGCAAAGAAUAAAGCAAGGAGUUGUUAAGGACUCCAUCAAACAUGCAUUUUCAGUUCCACUCAGAAGAGGAGGACCCAUGAAGAUGAAUACUUCGAGUUCCAAAGGACAUGGUAUAUACUUCAUGGAGCUGGAUACUUUCCAGAAAAAGACAUUCAAGAAGCAAGAACUUCUUAAACAAGAAAGUAUUUCCUCCAGGGUAAGCUUGGGAACUGUUGCUUGCCCAGUUAGGGAGUCCUUUGACUGGGAAAACACUAAGGUACCUAAGGAAGUGGGAAUGUAUCAAAGCAUAAAAAAUAUUUCCCAUCUAUCUGGAAGAGAAGGAUUAAGGAAAACUGACACAGAACUAGAUUCCAAAGCACAGGCAUCUCUUUGCACAGAUCUACAUGACUGCCACAAGACAGGUACAGCUCAGAAAGACUAUAUAAAGUCAAGUAACAGGGCUAGAAUUGGUUUGAAUUCUGUACUUUGCCACAAGAGGGCUCCUCUCCACUUAACACCAGGCUUGAGGACAGCGAGGAAAGACAGUGGUUACAAUGAUGUAGGUGCCAAAAGGGAUCUCAAGGGAGAAGAGGCAAAGCCAUCUGACAGUCAAUUAAAAUUAAAUAAAAAGAAAGUGGACAUUUCUAAAAACUUGAGGGCAAAACAAGUGGCCAUUUUCACUCAGAAUAAAGAAAAAAUUCUGGAUUAUUUUUUAUUUUGUGUAUUACAACAACUUCAGGCUGAAAAUACACAGAAACAAAUCUCUGCCAAAGCCGCUCUAAAUUCAAAAGUUAUUAACACAGAGAUAGAAAAAGCUUCAAGUGCAGUUAACAUUCUAAGAAAUCAAUCUCCACAUUCAGAAGGAGUUAACCUGCAUGCUAAAGGAGGAACAGAUUGCCAAGAGAGUGCAUGGGAGGCUUUCCCAGUGUCUAACCCUCACCCUUUGGUGGAUACACAUAGGAUUACAUCACUGCAGGUAAAGAAAGCUUUAAAAGCAGUAGAUAAUCACACUUUAAAUACAGAAAAUAGAGAAGGAAAAAAAAGGAUAAAAGAACAAAACCAGCACCACCUGCCAGUAUCCCCCAAGAAUUUGGAGGACCAUUUAUUAUGCUUCCAAAACUAUUCUCAUGUCCAGCUACAACUAGAGCCUCAGACAAAGGGAGCAUUGUCAGAGAUAGGCAAUGUGUCAAACAUGACAAAGGGAAUAGACUUGUCAUCUAAAGAGCAACAAAGUAUUGGGUAUGAAUGUAGACGAGGGUGGAUUUUCCCCUCAGUUAGUCCAAAGCAAACAAAAGAACAAGAUACUGUGUUGCCUUCAGAGUCAGACAAGAAAACUAUAAAAUGCCCACGCCUUUUGUUGUCUAAAAGAAAGCAGUCAUCUGAUGUAGUACAGAUAAGUAAGCCAGUGUCAAAUGAUAGUUCCUCUAUGCUAAGAGCUCUGAAAAAGGAACUGUCAAAUAAAGCAAGUGAAAAGAAGCAAGAGGUGAUGUUUCUACUUAAGGUGUUCUUACAGUGCCCUUCAUUAUACAUGCAAUAUUUGCAUGAAAAUGAAAACCAGAAUGAUAACACAGAACAUAGAGGUAUGAAAGACACAAUAUACCCUAAAAGACAAUGCCUAAACUUGAAGAAAUUGGAACUUCCACUUAGUAGUUCCACUUACUGUAACCCAAGCAAUAAAGUAAAACCACAGUAUUACAAAAAAGAGAAAAUGAUAUGUAUGAAACAUAGAAAGGAUAAACCAGGCUCAGUUGCAAUAAAAGCAUGUGACCCCAUCCCUUUACCUCACCUCAAAUUGGAUAGAGAAAAAAUUGAUGUGCUUAUCUCACGUAAUGUAAAGCAAGAGAAAGAUAAAUCAAGCCAAGAGAAAAAUGGCAUAAAAGGAAUGAAGAUGAAGGGAAAAAUAGACUCUAAUAUUACCUUAAAGAUAGAGGAAUCAUCAUUGCCUUAUCUAUCCCAUGGAAAGAUAUUAACUUUACUGUAUGAUACUACAAAACAACAAGGCAGGGUACAAGAAGAACUAAGUAAAUCAGACAUGAAACCAACAAAAUCUUUUAUUUCAUUACCUUCUAUAUCGCAUACUAGUUUAAAUUCAAGAUUAAAAGUAAGAAACGAUAAGUCAAGACCACUAAAGAGCUGCCUUCCACCACUAAAUCCUCUACUAUCACUGAAAGGCAGAAAAGUACCAUUUUCAGGGGCAUUUAAUAGAGAAAAUUUAGGCAAUUUAAUAGAAUUAAAAUGUGUUCCACAAAGGAAAGAAUACAGGAAUAAUAUACUAGAUUUGAAAGAUAUAAUAGGCCUCAUACAUAUCACUCAAAAGAGGAAGAGAUCAUCUUUUAAAUACAUGUUACAUGGAAAGGAGCCAUGGUGGAACAAUAAAGUACAAAAAAAUAUUCACGGCAACAAAACUAAUCUAAAUGUAGUUCAGAAUAAACCUCGGGAUUCAGUUCCUUCCUUACCUUAUCAGGAAUGGGAUCCUAAAAUAAUGGAGGCAUACUUACAAGGAAUAACCAAGUUCUGCCUUAGAUCUCCAGCAAUGUUAGAAUUCUCACAUACAAUAGGAAUGUACCGGGAAGCAACUGAUGGUAUUUUAAGCAGUAUUGGAAAAGCAAAACAUAUACCACUGAAAGACAGAUUGCAGAUAGCUUCCAAGGAAGUGAUGCAUUCCAGAAGACUCUCUUUGAGACAGAAACAGUCUUCAGCAUCACAGGAGUUACUAUUUAAUGUUGAAGAAAAGGUAAAAAAGAUACAGGAAGAUAAACAAAUUAAAAAUUGGAACAAACCUUCCAUAUAUUCUCCUUCUUACUCUGAAAUGGACAAAAGAAUAAAUGGAGAAGAAACUAUGCAAAUAAGAACCCAAUCUUUUAGUCAUCACUCAAAGCUCCAAGAACCAUCAGGUAUAGGAGAAAUAAUUUAUAAAAAGUCUACCUUUGAACCUGUCUUGAACAGUGUAAAACAUUCCAUACAAUAUGCAGUCCAGAAAAAAGAGGAGAGUACAAAAACAGAAAAAUACAUACAUGUGAAAGAAAACUCAAAACGAGUGAAAUUCUGUCAAGGUAAUAAAGAUAAAAAGAACUUGGAUAUGGAGGAGAUGGAGCAGGGAGAAGGAGGCAGAGAUGGUCAAGGGCAAGAGAAAAGAUAUCCAGACGAUGGAGAGAAAAAUAAAUGGAACCAUAAAUCUGACACUCAAGGGAACAUGAAGCACAACAGUAUAGAGCCAAGGAAAGCAGACCAAGAAGGGAAAAGCAAAGAGAAAGUAGCUCCUGAAUAUCUUCCUUCAAAGUCUUCCCAUGAAUUAGAUAUCCGAAUAGAAAGAGAAGAAGGCACUCAAGAAAUCAUACAAUUAGUACAUUCACAAAAACAACAAAUCGAGAAGUUGCUUGAAACAGGAAAGUUUGGACUUACAAAGUCAACUGAGGAUGAUGAUAAGUCAAAUGUAAAAACAGGGAAACAGUGUGAGUCACAGACAUGGAUGGGUAGAAAAAAAAUUAGGGAUACAAAAGAUGUAAUGCAUCCCAAAGACACAGGUUCCAACAAAAAUCAGUUACCACUUUCACAUGUAUGCAGUAUCACUGAGCAUUAUGGCCCAAACACAACAGAUGAACAGACAAAUGUACAUGAAAACUUGAGACAUGUACAGGAAAGAAAACGCAAACUAGGUGAAAGUUUUACCACUGCAUCUUUACUUUACAGUAACCUAGACACAAAAAUGAAAGCCAAGGAAGCAACAUGGAUAGAAACAGAAUCCUUCUCUCCAUACUCACAGAGUGUGGAAUCUUCAGAUGUAGAAAAAUUAAAUUGUGCAUCAUUUUCUUUUAAUUAUAUCAUAAGUGAUUCCAAAAAAUCUAGAUGCAUGUUAUAUAAAGAAGAUGGAGUGAAUACAUUUGAGAGAAUCAUAAAAAAUUCCAAAGCCAAACAUGUGAACAUAAAGAAAUCAUCCCCUUCAUGUGUACCCAAAAUAAAGAGAUUUAAAGGGAAUCUUGAAGAUCAAAGUAAAAUGAAGCAAGAAGGCAGUAAGGAAAAAGUGAUGCUUCAGAGAGAAACCUAUCCUGUCAUCAUAUCUUCAGAUAUCUCUAAAUUAGGCAUAACAAAGGAAGUUGAAACAGAAAUAAUGCAAAGGCAUGUUCUACAAAAAACAUUGCCUAUAGGGCAAGUAGGAUCAACAAAGGCCAUUGAUAACCAUUCAAAAAAAAGAAAACUACAUCCAACAUGGGAAGAAGAGGAAGUACAAACCUCAGCCAUUGAUAGUUUGACACACUCCAGUGCCUCAAUUUUCAAGACAAAGAUAUUUGUAUCUCCUCAUAUGUCCAGUGUCAGUGAAUACAGUGCCCUGAGCAAGAAAAAGACUCAUAGGUGGAGUCAUCAUGAAAAAACAAGGCAUAAACAGAAAAGGGCAAGACACCAUAAUGUGAUUGCAACAAAAAGUGUUUCUGCACCAUUGCCUUUAGGGCAAGUAGCAUCCACAAAGCAAAUUGCUAAAUGUGCAAAAAAGAGAAAACAGUAUCCAGUGCAAGAAGACGCAGAAACCUCAGCCAUAGAUGGUUCGACAUACUCCAGUGACAUAGUUUCAAAAGCAAAGAUAUCUAGACCUUCUCAUGUAUUUAGUGUCAAUGAGCACAAUAUUUCAAGGAAGAGGAAGACUCCCCAGAGGAACAAUGAAGAAAAGAUAGGACAGAAACAGAAAAGGGCAAGACAGUCUAAAAUGUUUGCAACAAAGCACGAUACUUGUAUGCCUUCUAUAGCUCACAAUGGAUUGUCUCCUCUACAGGAUGAGUUUUUUAUGACAACAUGUACAGGGGAACUCAUACAUGCAGGUUCAAAUGAAGAUAUUAUGCUACCUAAUGUAAUUCAAGCUAACCAACAAGAGUUAUAUAAAGAGGCAAAGGGCAGUGUAACAGGUGGCAAAGAUAGAAUAACUUUGAGAGCAAGAAUAUCCAAACCUGCACAUUUGAAUGAUGGAAUGAUAACAACUUUUAAUAUUAAAGAGCAAAGAAAAGAUGUUGAGCAAGGCAAAAGUGAACAAAUGGUGGUUCUAAAGGAAGCUGCUUUCUUGCCUUCUCCAUCUUUCGUGAAGUCAGACAUUGGAGUGAGUAAAGAGAAAGAUAUACUAGGAGAAAUGAGAGACAAAAUGAUGCCCAAAUCAGUAGAUGAAAAGGUAAAGAAAUUACCACCAUCACAUACACUCACUAUCAAAGAGCUGCAGAGGAAAACCCAGGAAGAAAAACUUAUGGGUCUGACAAAUACAAUUAUAGAAUUGUCUGUAUCACAAUUGCAACUCAAGAAAUUUUUAGGUGCACAGAUGGCUGAUAGAGAAGUUUGCAGUGAGACAAAAUUACUGAAAGAACAUGUGCCACAGAAAGAAAACUUAGGUAAAGAAAAGCAUGUGCGGGUAAACUGUAUAGUGCAUCCUGAGAAUAUAUAUUUGACGACAAAAAAAUCGUCUACUUUAUCUAUGAAGAAUUUAAGUGCCCUUCAGUGGAAAACUAGAGAGCAAGGGGGGAAGGUGAAAGAAGAUGGAAGUGAGCUGAGUGUAACAUUAACUAAGAAAUUAACUAAGAUAGCCACUGCUAUGUCUUCCCAACCUAUCCUUACUGUGAAUACUGGAAUCGAGGAAGUGUGUGCGCCAAUGUUAACAGGAUCCUCUGCUUCCAUGGGACACUUACAGAAGUCAACUGAUUCUGAAGGAGGUAUUUACAUACAGUCAGUUACCAGAGAUACUUCAGUUAAUCUGCAAAAUGAAAAACAACAUAUGUCAGAAGAAAAAGAAACUGGAAUGCAAAUAACAAAAUGCAAGUACCAAGAAACAAAGGUGCAGAAACUUAAAGAUGAACAAUGCUUGGUUGUGACUAAAUCUCCUUCAUUACCAGAUCUGACUCAUUCCAAAUUGUAUGAGAAAAUAGAAUUCACAGAACGAAGAUGUAGAAAUGAUGCUUUGCAGAGAAUAUCAACUGAAGAAGAAACUGUACCUAAAGAGGCCAUUGUUGGUGAUACCGUGAAAGAUGUUAUAAAACAACAUACGUCUCAGAGAGACAAGUCAUAUAGAAAAGAGAUAAUAGAUAGGAGAGGCACAGAUGUAACUUUGAAAUCACGAAAAUCACCUCUGUCCCAGAAGCUCCACAGAACAGAACUGUAUAUACAUAUUAAAGCACCCAAACCAAAAAAACAUGAUGACAACAAAAGUGAGCCUCAAAAUUUAACAAAUAUGUAUACUCCUCAGCCUUCUCCAACCAAUGUUACCAUGUGUAAGUAUGUACAAGUAGAUGAAGAAAGACUAGAGAGUAAACCAUCUUCCCUACUCCCACAAAUGGUUCCAGCAUUAUCAGAUGCAGAAAAAAACAAAGAUGGCAUGUGUGGUCAUGUCAGAAAAGGAAAACAAUAUACAAAACAGGUAGAAAAAACAGUAGACUUGACAACUGAGGUGCAUUGCAAAGGGGCAAAGGUCUCACAAAAUUUACAUCUUCUUAAUUUAAAGGAACUUGACCUGAAUAUGAAGGUUCUGGAGGAAAAAGGAUACAAAGAUAAAAGUGAACUGGCUGUGGCCACAACACAGACUUUCAUGUCCAUACCAUCAACAGCUUCUAGAUGUUUACAGGAAAAAACACAGAAAGGCACAGCAGAAUGUACUGAAUUUUCUUUUUCACAAGAAAAUGUCCAGGAACCAGCAUAUGCUCAGGAAACAGCAACCAGAGAGCCUGCUGAGGCUGAUAGCAACUGUAUUGUUAAAGCAACAGAACAUGAUGUGCUACUGAAACAAGCUAAGCCACAGAAGUCAAAGUGCAUGACCACUGCCCAACAAAUAAGUAAACAUUCACAAGUAGAAUCAGAAUGUGAGUCAGCUUUCCCAAAUCAUAAAAUUAAUCUCAUAAGAUUAGGUACCAAUAAAAGGGAAAAAAUGUUAGACAUGUCCAUCACAGGGCAAAAGGUUCAGCCAGCAAAAUGUAAGAAAGAACUUUUAGCAAAAAUUGGAGAUUGGAAGAAGGAAAGUGAAAUCAAAGAUAAUUUAAGUAAUAAAGCAAGACCCAAGUUUUCAAUUAAUGCUACGAUAAGCAAAAUGCUAACUUUAGAAAAUAUAUUACUUGACAAACUAAGCAUUGUACAUUUGAGUAAGUCUCAAGAUAAGAAAGAACAAAAUGUGAUCAUGAAAGAGCAAAUAAAGCCAAAAUCCUUUCCCUUUCUUAAUGUUCUAGUUAACAGCAGAGAUCAGAGGACACCUUUACAAACAGAUGUGGACAAGAAACCUGUAGUCAAUAUCAGUUCACAAAUAGAGUCAGGGGUACACAUGAGUAAUACAGAAAGAUGACAAAAGAGAAGCUUUUUCAAUCUGAAAAAGCAUAACUUUCAAGGACUAAAAUUGCUUCAAACAAACAUUCUUGAUUCAUUGUAUGCCUAUAUUCCUAUUUAUCCUAAAAGUCAGGAAAGUGGAUUCAUAGUAACAAACCUGAAACCCAAACAAUCAACUAUGAGAAUCCCAGAGCACCCCAUUACAAAGAUACUUAGUAUCAUAGGAUGUGGUAGUUCAACCAGUGAGAACAAAUUAGAACAUGGCUUCAACAAACCAAAAACCAUGGCUCCAAGUAGUAAAGAUGUCUCCCCAGAAGUCAUUAUCAGAAGUAUUUGUGUUUCCACGAUGAGCCCACCGCACAAUGAAGGAACAGUUAAAUCAAAAACAAACCCAAGUAGGGAAAAUGGAAUCUGUCAUUCUAAAUUCCAAGAGAAGUUACCAGAUGCUAGAAAAACUAAAGACAUCAUAACAUAUAGAAACUCAUUUGAGAAGAAGGAAGCUGCUUCAGUAACUGUGCCCACAACACUUCAAGAUGAAAACAAUGAAAACACAUCACUUGCAGAAAAUUUGUUUCCCAUUUAUAAAUCACUUAAAUGUAUUUUUGAAGAUCCUGUUGAAAAUAAAAUCCCAAACCAAGUUCUUUCUGAAAUACUGGAGCAAGUAAGAAGCUACAAGUCUGAUGAUGCAAAGGUAUCGCCUUUGCUGCAGAGUCCAAAUGCAUCAUCAAAAAUACAUGCCACAUUGCUACACACGCCUCUUUUAAAACAGCUAACUCCAGAAUUAAAAAAUAAGCUUUCUAUGCAUUUAAUUUCUAAAGCACUUGAGAUAAAACUUGAUCAGAAACCAGAGAUAGUGAACACAUCCUUACAGAACUAUAACUCUCACCCCCAAAGGGCUAUUUUGGAAGAUUCCAAUUGCAGGCUAAAGAAAAAAAAAAUGGAUUUUAGUUCUCGAAAAGUUGAUACUAUACAUACUAAAUUAAAAAACCAUUACCAAAGAGAUUUUCCUCUUCUCAACUUGAUGAAGACAUCAACAACUAAUGUUUCAAGUAGCAGCAAGAUGGUCAUGACAGAACCAAGGGGCAUCAAAAAGCAAGAAACCAUAACUUCAUUAGCAACUUUGAAUAAUCUCCUGUUGAAUCACAUUCUUCACAAGUUGUCAGAGAAAGAAAAGGAUGGCCUUUUUGUGCACCUUUGUACAAAAAGACUGGAGAUACAAACAAUGGGCCUUCCCAGAAUUGCAGAACAAUCUUAUUCAAGGGCCUAUGCCCAGGAAAAAUCAAAACCCAUAUUUAAGUGUAUCCAUUCUGCCCCACAAGGACCAAAACGAACAAACAGAGUUUUAGUACUCUUUGAUGAAAAAUCUUUCUCUGACAUUGACUGUGAUUUGCAAUACAAAUACCUCCACUCACUCCCUAAACCUUCUUUCACUGUGGUCUCUAAGCCAAAUGCACUUACCAAACACACUUCCAAGUUAAGCUCUGAUUCCAGCUCAAUAUAUAUAAAAGUUGAAGCUAGUAAGGAAAGUACAAUUCUUUCCUUUGACAAAGAACUUGUUUCUCUCCCAAAGAAAAAUACACAAGAAAGCUCAUUACACUCCAGAAAAUUCCAGGAGCCUACUAAUGUACAUGCCUUUUACUCUGAUCUACAAGGUACAGAACAGAAUGAUAGAAUUCUUUCGGAUUUAAAUGUACAGAUAACACCAGGAAAUGAUAAGCAAAGUUAUAUAUGGUUACACGAAACCAAUUCAUACAAACAUUCUGUUUCAGGAACUCAGCAAAAUGCUGCAGACUUAGCUGAUUCACAUUCAUUUUCGGAUGACUGGACUGAUGUCCCUCUAGACACUGAGACUUCAACUGAAAUGGAAUGUCCAGCUCCUGAAAAAACUGGCAGCGAGGAUUGUGUGUUUUUAGAGAGUAAUUUCUGUUUAUCUCACGAUGUUGCAUUUGAGGAACCCAAAGACAUAUUGGAAUAUAUCCACAAGGCCAAUAGGAGGAAAUGUAGAUUAAACUCCAAAAUGCAGCCUUCUGACUCAUGGUCUCACAGUUCAUCCAAUAGUAUUGAAAUUGAGUCUACAUCAUCUUCCAAAAUGUUCAAUGAAGAGAAGCAUUGGACUAUGACCAGGUGGAGCAGAACAAACUACUCUUUAACCUCUUCAACAACAGAAUCAAAAAAUAAAUUGAAUCUCAGAAAAAAACAUGACAAGUCUCACAUGUAUCCACAACCCAAAGAAAGAAGGGAGGUUAAAUCUUAUUUAUGGAGAAAGUCCAAUGUCUACUGGGAUUCAGAUUGCAGUCACUCACGUGAAGAGGAGAAACGAUCAUGGAAGAAGAGACUAUAUCAUAAAUCAAAAGAGCCAAACCCACAAGAGCCAAAUGCUCAUUGGCAGAAUAUCAAAUUCUAUUCAGAAAGAAGGGAAAACCAGCUUUUUUAUGCCUGUGUACCAGCAGAUUCAAUGGAUAUUAUCCCCCAAACCAUUCGCUGGGUUAUUCCCCAAAAAAUCUUACAGAGGAGAAAGUUCAAAAUUCCUCAAGUGGCAAAGAUUUCAAAUUCUUGGAAUUUAUGGAAUUCAUCCAAAAAGGUUUUGGGAUCACUUGCAGCCUUUAGUAAAAUCUGAUAUGGUUGA